GUCCCCAGGAACGAACAAACGACGGCGACGCAAACAAAUUCUCGCAAAGGUUCCAUUUCCACAGCCAACAGCGGAUAAGGGUCGCUGCCAGAAUCUCCCGAACGCUCGUCUUCCGUUUGCACCGUGUUGUGCGUUGAACAAAGGUUUGUUCCUUCGUUCCCGUGGCCGGUGUAGACAGAGGCCAAGGCGCAACUUGCCCUACACACUCUGGCUGAUUGUGAAUACUCGGUCGUGUUUGUGUGUGCACACUGCAGGUUUUCACAUUUUCGUAUCGAUUCCUUUCAUUCAGCAACUGUUUCCAAUACGUGUCCCUCCAUUGGGCCAGAAAUGGUCGUGAACGAUGUUCGAAAAGUUGCCAUUUAGGACGACCUUUCUAGUUGAGGCUCGAAACGCAACGAUGAGUGUGCUGAAGAGAUGAAGUGUUUUCCCGGUAGCGAUAAUAGCCAAGAGCGACCUGCACGGGUUGUUGCAGUCGGUAAAAACAGGGGACGACAAACGGUACGAAUGUCCAGUGUGUUGGCGCUGGAUCCGCACGGACGACGAUUGCAUUUCACUGGACGAAUUUGGUCGCCCGGGCGGCCGGGGCAAGGUUUCGCUUCGACCGCAGCAACCCGCUGACGGCGAUGAUGAUGGCCAACAAUAAUUCCGGGGAAGUGAAAGCUGCACCAGGCGGCACCGGCAGCGACGGUGCCGGCGACGACGGGGGUGACAGUGCCAGUGCCGGGGGGGACAACAGUGAGGUGAAUAUCCGCCGCGGGCUGGAUGUGAUACAGAGCAUGAUCGAUAUAUCGGCGGAUCGGCUCGAGGGCUUGCGGACGCAGUGCGCCACGAGCGCCGAGUUGACGCAACAGGAAAUCCGAACGCUCGAAACGAAGUUGGUGAAGCUAUUUUCCGAUCUUCUGAUUACGAAAUCGAAGCUUCCGGAGCGGUUGCCCGCACAGGGACUACCCGCAACCGGAAACGAACUCAAGCAAUGGCUCAGAGUUGUAGGUCUGAGCUGUGCAUCAGUUAAUGCUGUGAUACAACAGGUCACCACGCUAGAAGGACUGCUCGAGAAGGACGAGAAGGAGCUGCGGACAAUCAUGGGCAAUAACGUGUACGUCCGAGAGGAGGAAAUCAAGCGGCUGACGCGCGCCUGCGGCAACCUGCGACGGUGCCGCAAACAUCUCGAACUUCCCGCAACUGACGGUGGUGGCCGCAAGGGCACGGAACCGCAUGAUCUCUUUUGGGAUUCCUGGGACCGUCAGCCGGCCUGCCAUCGAACGUCACCUCGCGUCAACCGGUCCUUGGGUGGCGGUAAAGCGACCACCAAGCACGGUGCGGUCGCCUCCGGAAGCUACCAUAUUCAGCGCCACAAUAACGGCCCAACAGGUGGGAUCGGUGUUGAUUCGCAUCAAGCGCCACCGGGCACGAUGACGACCUCCAAUACCAGUCCCCAGACGGAGGAAGGCAUGCCGCCGACGGUCCAGCACGAAGGCACAUUGCUGAAUCCACAGCAUGCGAUCUCGCCGGAUGAAGCUUCCACCAGCGGUUGCACUCCUUCGCCAUCGCCACCGAACUCGCCCUCGAACGUACUGCUGCACAACAAGCAGAACCGUCGAGGCUUUCCCACGACACCUCCGCCGAGGAAGAAACACCAGACGACGCUUCUGUCUUACGCAUCCACUUCCUCCUGCUCCCCGGCAACGUCGGCAGUAUCAUCGUCCACCGUAUCCACUAUGGCGGGCACGAACAACACCACCAUUACGACAAGUUCUGGUUCUUGCUCGGCGGCGGAAGCUAGCACAGCGCUAACAAAAUCGAAAUCCCACGAAUCGCAAUUUGGAAGCCAGCAGGCCAAUGUAGGAGGCGGUGGCGGGGGUGCUGUUACCAGUGGAACAGCCAACAACAACAACAGCCAUGCCAAUAACAACAAUAGCAUUAACCACAUCAACAACAACAUUCCAUCGACGGUGGUCUCGCUUGGCGAGGGUUCGCUAACAACUACCACCAGUGCGGGCAUGCUGGCCAGUGGCACCAGCAACGGUUCGGGAGGAACAUUUGUAUCACAGCAGCAGCAACGGUUGAUGGGAAAUGGAAGUGCGAACCGCAUGGGCACAUUUCCCCGCAGUCGACUACACACAGAACCAACCAUCACGGGGAGUGGUGGUGGUGGAGGUGGAAACAGUAAUGUGCUCACUACGAGUGGUGAACAUCACCAUCAUCACCAUCAGCAACAUCAUCAUCAGCAAACCCAGUACCAUCAUCAUUAUCACCAUCACCUGCAGCAACAGCAAGGCGGAGGAGGAGCACCUGGUACUGGGAUGUCUCCGGACGCUGGUGGUGAGUACGGUGAUCCAGGCGUACCGCCACACCCGACCGGUGGCGUUGGCGUGAUGAUAACGUCAGCCACCACAUCUGCCGUACCGCCGAAGUCGCCCUGCACGCCAAUCAUCACGCGCGGCAUGGGCCACAUGAUACAGCAUCGGUUUACGAAGAAAUUUAAAGUCACCAAGAGCACCUGCGAUCUGUGCAACAAGCAGAUGUUCUUCGGCUUCAAAUGUACUGAGUGUAAGUACCGGUGCCACAAGGACUGCAAGUCCAAUGUGCCACCAUCGUGCGGUCUACCGCCGGAGUUUGUGGACGAAUUCAAAAAGUCGCUUCAAUCGGACACGCUCUUGCCGACGAGCGUAUCGCCUAACAUUGGCCGCAGUGGUGGAUCGGUAGGCGGUGGCAUCAUGUAUGGUGGUGUUCGAGGUGACGGUAGCAAAUCGGGAAUGGUUCGUGGGCCGAUGCACGCUAUACACGCGUGUGGUGGCGGUCCGGAUAGCAGUUCGGCCGGAUCAAGCUGCAAUAGUUCUUCACCCUCCAGUCCGGCUCUGCUCUCACUACCACCGCAGACACCCGCCACAUCCAAGUAUUCGCAAUUCAACUUCCCGGAGGUGUCGAGCGGCACAGGCACCGGUUCCAUGAUGAUGAUGAACUACUCGUCUUCGAGCACCGGUGGAACGAUGGCAAUGAGUGGUGGAAGCGAUCGGAGCGGUGGCGGUGGCAUUACGAUCGAAACACAUCCAAUCGGUGGUCCUGGUAGCGGUCAGUGUGGGCUUGGUGGAAGUCUCGGCAGUAGCGGAAUUUACACGAUGGACACAAGCGUCGAAAUACCGAAACUCCAGUUCUCCGACAUUCCCGAUCAUAACGUGCCCGGAGGUGGAGAAGAUAAAACUGGUUCCGCCAGUGCGACGAGCACGGACUCAUCCUCCGAUCGCACCCCGAUACGGCUCGAUUCGACCGAAGAGCGUGACCAUGAAAGCAGCUGGCCACGACAAAACUCGCUAUCACUGAAGGAGUGGGACAUUCCGUACGAUGACUUGCAUCUGAAGGAAAAAAUCGGCAACGGACGAUUCGGGACGGUGCAUCGGGCGCUCUGGCAUGGUGAUGUGGCCGUGAAGUUGCUGAAGGAAGACUACGUGGCCGACGAACGGACGCUGGAAGCGUUCAAACUCGAGGUCGCCACAUUCAAAAAGACACGCCACGAAAAUGUGGUGUUGUUCAUGGGCGCCUGCAUGAAGCCACCGCGACUCGCAAUCGUAACGUCGCUCUGUAAAGGCAACACGCUCUUCACACACAUUCAUCUGCGUAAGGAUAAGUUCAACCUGAACCGUACCACGCUCGUGGCGCAACAGAUCUCGCAAGGUAUGGGCUAUCUGCACGCACGCGGCAUCGUCCAUAAGGACCUGAAGACGAAAAACAUCUUCCUGGAGAACGGAAAGGUGAUUAUAACCGACUUUGGUCUGUUCAGUGCCACCAAGCUGCUAUACUGCGAUCUCGGACUGGGCAUUCCGGGCGGCUGGCUGUGCUAUCUGGCGCCGGAACUGAUGCGCAACUUAACACCGUACCGACCAGUGGAGGGUGAUCUGCCGUUCUCGAAAGCUUCAGAUAUCUACGCCUUCGGUACGGUGUGGUAUGAGCUACUGUGCGGUGAGUUCCCAUUCAAAUCGCAACCGGCCGAAUCAAUCAUCUGGCAGGUGGGUCGCGGCAUGAAGCAAACGCUCGCCAAUCUGCAGGCAUCGCGCGACGUCAAGGACAUACUGAUCCAAUGCUGGAGCUACCAUUCUGACGAUAGGCCCGACUUUGCCAAAUUGCUGACGCAGCUAGAACGACUGCCGAAGAAAAGGCUUGCCCGAUCACCGUCGCAUCCGGUGCAGUUGUCCCGCUCGGCGGAAUCAGUGUUCUAGACAUGAGGGCGUUCCCAGUGCUAUCUGGGAAUUCAUUCAAUGUCGUCCACCCAAGGACACACAGCUACUAUUUCAGAAUGAUCUUCAACAAAGCAACACCUAAACCCCACAACACAUUGCCCCGUACUGGUACUGGUUCGAUGCUUCAUUUGAUUUGAUUAUGUAUCAAAUGUUACGAUGAACAACGCCGGAAACGGACGCUUUGAAUGUGUCGAGAUUAUUAUACAGACAACACUAAAUAAAUAUAGGGACGAGAGAGAGUGUAUUAAGGAUACGCAAGACGGCAGUGUUACGGUAGGAAACUCGCAAAGGAUCGAUAGUGGAAAUUAAGGAAGCAAAGAUGAAAAAAAAAACAACCGAAGACAAGUCGAUGAAAGUGUGACUAUGUUAGGAAAAAGAGAUAAAAAGUACGUGAAAAGGACAACAUAAGAACAAAUUAAUCACAUCAUUGGAUCAGAGUUGUAA